CGCCCGCCGCCGCGCGCCCCCUGCUCGCUCGCUCGCUCGCUCGCUCGCUCGCCGGCUUUAAAGUCUCUGCCAGGAUCCAUGCUCACAUGUUACUUCCUGUAUGGAGGCAUGGCCAGUUUCCAGCCCCGCGCUCCUCGUUCCUCCCCAGCCUGCGCUGGAGCCACAACUUUCAGGAGCAUGGACUGAAGGCGCCCUCGCCCCAGCGCCCCUCUGAGAUCCUUUGUGUUUUCCUCCGUUUCCUCCGGCCGUUUCUAUUUUGGGGGGCUCUUCGCUCCCCCCGCCUCUCCCCUCCCCUUCCCCGCUCGCAAACAUGCCUCCUUCCUUCCCCGGGCCCUGGAAGGAGCUGCCUGCCUGAAGCCCGGAGACGCCGCGCCGCGCUCAGCCCCGCCGCCGCCCGCCGGCUCUCGGGCUGCGCCGCGCCGCCGACUCAAGUUGGGGAUCUUCGGCUGCUCGCCGCCGCCUGUGGUCCCUGCCUGCCCCGGGCCCCCGGCAUCGCCGCCGCCCGCCGACUACUCACUGGCCCUGCUCGCUCGGCUUGCUCUUUUUUUGAACGGAAAGCAGCCCUUCUCCGCCGAGGAUCGUCCCCAGCGUGGCUCCGCGUUCCCGGUCACUUUUUGAGAUUUUCCGGGGGGCGCUCGGCGGCUUCCCGGAUUCCAGGGGGACUCGGGCCGCCGAGCGCGGGGGGCCCGUAGAGCGGGCGAGCAGGGGAAGAGCCCGGGUUUAGCGGAGGCUCACACGGAGGCAAGAACUUAUUCAACAAGUUUACCCCCCCUGCCUUCCUCUUUUCGAUGUGCGUUUUCGGACAUGCGGAGGUUACUGGAACCGUGUUGGUGGAUUUUGUUCCUGAAAAUCACCAGUUCCGUGCUCCAUUAUGUCGUGUGCUUCCCCGCCUUGACAGAAGGCUACGUCGGGGCCCUGCACGAGAACAGACACGGCAGCUCAGCGCAGAUCCGCAGGCGUAAGGCUUCAGGUGACCCGUACUGGGCCUACUCCGGUGCCUAUGGUCCUGAGCACUGGGUCACAUCGAGCGUUAGCUGCAGGGGCCGUCAUCAGUCUCCCAUAGACAUUUUAGACCAGCAUGCACAGGUUGGCGAAGAGUACCAGGAGCUGCAGCUUGAUGGCUUUGACAAUGAGUCUUCAAACAAAACCUGGAUGAAAAACACAGGGAAAACAGUUGCCAUCCUUCUAAAGGACGACUAUUUUGUCAGUGGUGCUGGCCUGCCUGGCAGAUUCAAAGCCGAGAAGGUGGAAUUUCACUGGGGCCAUAGCAAUGGCUCUGCAGGUUCUGAACACAGCAUCAAUGGGAGGCGCUUUCCUGUGGAGAUGCAGAUUUUCUUUUAUAAUCCAGAUGACUUUGACAGCUUUCAAACCGCAAUUUCUGAAAACAGAAUAAUCGGAGCCAUGGCCAUAUUUUUUCAAGUCAGUCCAAGGGACAAUUCCGCACUGGAUCCUAUUAUCCAUGGGUUGAAGGGCGUCGUACAUCAUGAGAAGGAGACCUUUCUGGAUCCUUUCGUCCUCCGGGACCUCCUGCCUGCAUCCCUGGGCAGCUAUUACCGGUAUACAGGUUCUCUGACCACCCCACCAUGUAGUGAAAUUGUGGAGUGGAUAGUCUUCCGGAAGCCUGUCCCCAUCUCUUACCAUCAGCUCGAGGCUUUUUAUUCCAUCUUCACUACGGAGCAGCAGGACCACGUCAAGUCGGUGGAGUAUCUGAGAAAUAACUUCCGACCACAGCAAGGGCUGAAUGACAGGGUGGUGUCCAAGUCUGCGGUCCGCGACGCCUGGAACCAUGACAUGACAGACUUCUUAGAAAACCCACUGGGGACAGAAGCCUCUAAAGUUUGCAGCUCUCCGCCCAUCCACAUGAAGGUGCAGCCUCUGAACCAGACGGCGCUGCAGGUGUCCUGGAGCCAGCCGGAGACCGUCUACCACCCACCCAUCAUGAACUACAUGAUCUCCUACAGCUGGACCAAGAACGAGGACGAGAAGGAGAAGACGUUUACAAAGGACAGCGACAAAGACUUGAAAGCCACCAUUAGCCACGUGUCACCGGAUAGCCUUUACCUGUUCCGCGUCCAAGCCGUCUGUAGGAAUGACAUGCGCAGUGACUUCAGCCAGACAAUGCUCUUUCAAGCUAACACUACCCGAAUAUUCCAAGGGACCAGAAUUGUUAAAACAGGAGUGCCCACAGCGUCUCCUGCCUCUUCGGCCGACAUGGCCCCCAUCAGCUCGGGGUCUUCUACCUGGACGUCAUCCGGCAUCCCCUUCUCAUUUGUCUCCAUGGCGACCGGGAUGGGCCCCUCCUCCAGCGGCAGCCAGGCUACCGUGGCCUCGGUGGUCACCAGCACGCUCCUGGCGGGCCUGGGGUUCAGCGGUGGUGGCAUCCCGUCCUUCCCCAGCACCGUGUGGCCCACGCGCCUGCCCACGGCUGCCUCUGCCAGCAAGCAGGCCAGCAGGCCCGUCCUAGCCACCACAGAGGCCUUGGCCUCCCCGGGCCCUGACGGCGACUCGGCGCCCACCAGGGACAGCGAGGGCGCGGAGGAAGGGGAAAAGGAUGAGGAGAGCGAGAGUGAGGACGGAGAGCGGGAGCAUGAGGAGGAGGGGGAGAAGGACUCCGAGAAGAAAAAGAGCGGGGUGACCCACGCCACCCAGGAGCGGAGCCAGGACGAGCCCACCCCCACCCCCUCGUCUCCCAACAGGACUGCAGAGGCCGGUGGGCGUCAGACUCUGCCUGGGCACGGGCAAGACCGCACUGCUGUCCCUACAGCCCGGCCCGAUGAUGGGAGGGAUGCCCUCCCGGGCCUGGACCCCGGCUCGGUCACCUCCACCCAAGUGCCCGCCACAGUCACAGAGGAGCGUUUUGAAGGGAGUGAUCCCAGGAGGUCCCAGAUGCCAUCGAAAAAGCCCGUGUCCCGAGGGGACAGAUUUUCCGAGGAUAGCAAAUUUAUCACUGUCAAUCCAGCAGAAAAGAACACCUCUGGAAUGAUAAGCCGUCCUUCUCCAGGGAGGAUGGAGUGGAUCAUCCCUCUGAUUGUGGUAUCAGCCUUGACCUUCGUGUGCCUCAUCCUUCUCAUUGCUGUGCUAGUUUAUUGGAGAGGGUGUAACAAAAUAAAGUCCAAGGGCUUUCCCAGACGUUUCCGUGAAGUGCCUUCUUCUGGGGAGAGAGGAGAGAAGGGGAGCAGAAAAUGUUUUCAGACAGCUCAUUUCUAUGUGGAAGAUAGCAAUUCACCUCGGGUGGUCCCCAAUGAAAGUAUCCCUAUCAUUCCUAUUCCGGAUGACAUGGAAGCCAUUCCUGUCAAACAGUUUGUUAAACACAUCGGUGAGCUGUAUUCUAAUAACCAGCAUGGGUUCUCCGAGGAUUUUGAGGAAGUCCAACGCUGUACGGCUGAUAUGAACAUCACUGCAGAACAUUCCAAUCAUCCAGAUAACAAGCACAAAAACAGAUACAUCAACAUUUUAGCAUAUGAUCACAGUAGGGUGAAGUUAAGACCUUUACCAGGAAAAGACUCUAAGCACAGCGACUACAUUAAUGCAAACUAUGUCGAUGGCUACAACAAAGCGAAAGCCUAUAUCGCCACCCAGGGACCUUUAAAGUCUACAUUUGAAGAUUUCUGGAGGAUGAUUUGGGAACAAAACACUGGAAUCAUUAUCAUGAUUACGAACCUUGUGGAAAAAGGAAGACGAAAAUGCGAUCAGUAUUGGCCAACAGAGAAUAGUGAGGAGUACGGAAACAUUAUUGUCACACUGAAGAGCACAAAAGUACACGCCUGCUACACUGUGCGUCGUUUUUCAGUCAGAAAUACAAAAGUGAAGAAGGGUCAGAAGGGAAACCCCAAGGGUCGUCAAAAUGAAAGGGUAGUGAUCCAGUAUCACUACACACAGUGGCCUGACAUGGGAGUUCCUGAGUACGCCCUCCCGGUCUUGACCUUUGUGAGGAGGUCCUCAGCAGCCCGCACGCCGGAAAUGGGCCCUGUGCUGGUGCACUGCAGCGCUGGUGUGGGCAGGACAGGCACCUACAUUGUAAUAGACAGCAUGCUGCAACAGAUAAAAGACAAAAGCACAGUUAACGUCCUUGGAUUCCUGAAGCAUAUCAGGACACAGCGUAACUACCUCGUCCAGACUGAGGAGCAGUACAUUUUCAUCCAUGAUGCCUUGUUGGAAGCCAUUCUAGGAAAGGAGACUGAAGUAUCUUCGAAUCAGUUGCAUAGCUAUGUUAACAGCAUCCUCAUACCAGGAGUAGGAGGAAAGACGCGGCUGGAAAAACAAUUCAAGCUGGUCACGCAAUGUAAUGCGAAGUAUGUGGAAUGCUUUAGUGCUCAGAAAGAGUGUAACAAAGAAAAGAACAGAAACUCUUCGGUCGUGCCAUCCGAGCGUGCUCGAGUGGGUCUUGCACCAUUGCCUGGAAUGAAAGGAACAGAUUACAUUAAUGCUUCUUAUAUCAUGGGCUAUUAUAGGAGCAAUGAAUUUAUUAUAACCCAGCAUCCUCUGCCACAUACUACGAAAGAUUUCUGGCGAAUGAUUUGGGAUCAUAAUGCACAGAUCAUUGUCAUGCUGCCAGACAACCAGAGCUUGGCAGAAGAUGAGUUUGUAUACUGGCCAAGUCGAGAAGAAUCCAUGAACUGUGAGGCCUUUACCGUCACCCUUAUCAGCAAAGACAGACUGUGCCUCUCAAAUGAAGAACAAAUUAUCAUCCAUGACUUUAUCCUUGAAGCCACACAGGAUGACUAUGUCCUAGAAGUUCGGCACUUCCAGUGUCCCAAAUGGCCUAACCCAGAUGCCCCUAUCAGCAGUACUUUCGAACUUAUCAAUGUCAUCAAGGAAGAGGCCUUAACAAGGGAUGGCCCCACCAUUGUUCAUGAUGAGUAUGGAGCAGUUUCAGCAGGAAUGCUGUGUGCCCUUACCACCCUGUCCCAGCAACUGGAGAAUGAAAAUGCUGUGGAUGUUUUCCAGGUUGCAAAAAUGAUCAAUCUUAUGAGGCCUGGAGUAUUCACAGACAUUGAACAAUACCAGUUUGUCUAUAAAGCAAUGCUCAGCCUGGUCAGCACUAAAGAAAAUGGAAAUGGUCCCAUGACAGUGGACAAAAAUGGUGCUGUUCUCAUUGCAGACGAAUCAGACCCUGCCGAGAGCAUGGAAUCUCUAGUGUGAUUGGAAUCCCGAACGGGCACUUAAUUUGUAAAACUUCUGAAGACUGAGAACUUUUUUGAGGCCUUUUUUGCCAGACUCUAGGUUAUACAAUAACCCAGUUACUUUUUUACACUGAUAAAAGUUUUGAUAUUUAUUUUUUGCCAUUUUAUGUCUUAAUGGUAUCCUACUGAGCAUUUGCACCUCUGUUCAUUUCACACAGUGAAACGCAAUUUUACCUAGUUUGCACUAUAUGAUCAGUGUUACUGCCUAUAAUCUAAUCCUAAAGCAAGCCCUGAUGUGACAUUCCAUGAGAACACACAUGCUACUUUUUAGUUCAGUACAGUGAAGGUUUUGUCAGGACAGUGGAUCUUGGUUUUUUUAUUAUUAUUGCAAAAGCAGCAGCAUCCUCCUAGCAGGCAAUGCUGAGCUUUUCCUCGGUCCUCUCCUCUGUUUGUUUUAGGCACUGCUCAGUACUGUCUGCCUUCUGUACUUUAAUGGAGUGGAUGGGCAUUGUUUUCUUGUAAAGAAGAGCAGGUUCCUGGGAGCUACUGAGACAGUCUGUCAACCUCAUGGCCUUGAAACAGUUCCGUUUAUGACGGUAAAGGUAUCCAUUAAGAAAUUAGAAGGCUUAAGAGCUUUAUGUGAACAUCACUUAUUAGUUGAAGUUAUAUUCAUAGCUUAAAAAAAAUUCCCCAACUGUGUCAAAAUAAAGGAUAUCUCUGUAUUACAGUUUUCACAGUAGCUAUGUGGACGGUGUGUGUUAUUUCCAUCUUGACCCUCUGAAAUAGCUACACCCUGCAGUCAGGGCUAUCUUUUACAAUAGGGAUAUGGCAAUAGUUUACACAUCUCCGCUAUCCCUUUAGUAACUCUCCAUUAAUGCUUCUUGGUUUCUAAUACCAUACAUCAUGGCAGGUAGAACAAUGAAAAUUUCUGCAGGUGUGUAACUUUGAAAUUAGCCCUCUAAAAUAUCCCUCUUACUCAUCUAGCACUCUAAUAAAAACUACCUAAAUAGUUAACAUUCUUUUCUUUCCUUUUUUGCCAAAUAUUUCCUGAUAAAUUCCAUAAUGACAUAUAUUCUUGUACUUAGGAUAAAACUGAAAAUACUUUAUUAGCAAAAGUCUUGGGACUAUGUAGAUUCCCACACGUGGAGAAGUCUGAUUUGGAGAGACAAAAUCAGAAUCUUGAAUAAAAGAGGAUAUGGAUAUUUUCAAAUAGAUUUUCAAAGAUGGGGAUGGCUUGGUGUGGUUUAGCCCCAAGAACAGACACACUUCCCUCAAAGAGGCUAAUAAUCAUUACACAGAGCCCAAGGAACUUAUCUGAUCUAGCCUCUGGAGCCAUAUUCACCCUGCCGUAAGUACACAAUUGGGAAAUUAGGAGCAUUGAUAAGAAAUUUCAGUUCAGUUAGAAAAAUAAGCUCCUUACUGAGAUAUGUUCUAUUACAUAUUUGUGUUUAAGGGAUGGCUUCUGUUAGAAGUGAAGUCAUCACCAGAACUGGGCCUGUCAAGAAGAAAAGAGUUUUGGUUAAUUUUUAUGUCAAUAAACUUCAACAACAACUCCAUACUGGCUACUAUCAUACUAUCUGGGUAGGUUCUGUGACAUUAAUGAUACUCAGUGCUGAGGUUCUAUUUCUCUUAAGUCGGCUUUCUGUGAAGUCUGUCAGAGUGGUGCUGAGGAAGCAAAGCCACUAAGGAGAGGCUACCGGCCAAGUUUGGGAGUUCCGAUGCAUAGGCCAGGUUGAUGGCGUUUUCAUGAACUAUGUCACUUGCCAGGGUUAAUCUCAUGUUUUCAUCACAUAAAUUCUACAACAUGGCAAUAGUCCACUGUUCACCAACCAUGUAGGUGAGGCUUAAGGAAAGGUGCGCAAGUGAGCGAAGUCCGCUAAACUGUACGUGCUAGAGGAAAGAACACCUCUGCUGCCCCUCCACUGCCGUCAGAGGUAACACCAGGAAGCUCUAUCUACACAGAAGGAGAGAAGCUUGAACACAGAAACACCACAGCUGCCGGAAGGCUGAGGGGAAUCAGGAAGGGCAAGGUUGCAGAUCAUGGCAAGAGCUAGAUCCUUUUCAGUCAAUCAAGCAGAUUAUACUUAAUUUAUAUAGAGUAUUGAUAGGAGUGAACUCUUUUUUAGUACUUGGCACAGGUUUGGCUGUGAGAAGUAAUGUUGGGGUUCAUGGUCCCUUGGUAAUUUUUUCUGAGACAAAUGAACACUGCAUAGAAAACAGCACGUAUUUCCUUCUGUGCUAUUUAUAGAGGGCUCAAUUCGUGAAAACCGUUAAGUUCCAACACAAUUCUGUGACCAUUUCUUACAUGGGUAUCAUAGUUAUAAUAAAAGAAAGAUCGCGAGUAAACAGAAGCAUUGAAAAGGGUGGCUUGAAGUUCUCAGAGAAAUUGUGUGUCUAUAGUGGGCUUGAGCCAAAGUCUGCAAAUCCUCACACACUGGAACAUGAGCAGUUGCUGUUUGCCCAUCUUGCCUAAGUGGUCCAAACACACUUCAGUGAGGACAGCUCUGUUCAGCAGUUCGUUCCUCACUUGCCCCAGAGAGUGUAUCCUGAAUAUGAUCCUUCAUUUGUUAUCAGUAGAAAUAUGCUUGCAUCUUUCCAGAGGCAGAGAGUUUCAAAGAUGGUGUUUUGUUUGAGACAUGAACACACUGCUUAACUACACAACAAGGUUAUUACCAUUUGCACUCAGGGGGAAAGGAAAUAGCUAUUGCAAACGAUCAUGUGCUAUUUUAUAAAAUAAGCUGGUGGGUGUAUGAAUUUAGCUCUAGGUGAACAGAAUGCACACAUCAUACAACACUGGACUGCAGUGAUCAGAACAAGUGGCCAUACUGGGCAUCAGAGGAGACCCCUUACUGGCAUCAGGAGAACUCUUUUUGCAUCCAAAAGCCACAAUGUCUUCUUUUAUAUACGCGUGUGUUAAAAAGUUAACUUCUGAAUUUCAAAAGUAAGAUCAUUGAAUUGGUUUUCCUAAAUUUUUAUGCCUUGGAGCUUUAAGAGUCUAUUUCAAGUUGAAGAGUCCAGCACGGUCAGAGAAGUUGAUGGUGUUCAAGGUUUGGCUGUUGGAAAUUUUAGCCCAGAGUGACAUACUGAAAUCAACAAAUAACCUUAAUUAUUUUAUAAUGACACAGCACAACUGCCUUGUUAGGAAUUUUUUUCUUAAAAUGCAUAUAUAUUUAAAAAUUAAAAUAUAGAUACCAAUUUACCAAAGAUACAUAUUACUAAUUCUAAGCAAAAAAUAAACCCAAACUCAUCACAAUUUAAGAAAUAAUAAUCAAAAUGUAGUUUGUCUUAAGAAUUUAGCAAUUAUACUGGAAAAUGCAUUUUCAACUCCUGUGUUCUAAAGAUUAUGUUCAAAAGGUGCCAGUGAAUUUUUAUAUGAAGGGAAAAUGCCUGCUUUUUUUUUUUUUUAAACAGCUAUAAUUUCACUUACCCCUUUGCGCUUUCCCUUAGUUGCCAUUUAACAUGCGAUACUGGCUUUACUUAUCUCUAGAAAGAAGGCAUGCUACAAAUAAGAAGGAAUUGUACUAAUAUUUGGCCUCUACUUUGUCUUAGCUGUUAAACUGUUUUUAGUAUUUUUGUUAAAUAUUUGCAAAGGGAAGCAUUUUCUACAGAGGAUAAUUAAUUUCAAGAAAAAUCUUGAGUUUUAAGAAAUAAACAUCUCCAGAAAAGGAGACAGCCGAUUUUAUAAAAUGUUGCAACUCUCCAACAUUUGGGGUAGUGACUCCUUUUUUGUUAGGACAUUUGAAACUAGCAAGCAGCCAUUGUUUCUAAAAAAGAAAAAAGAAAAAAAAACCUCAGCCUUCAUGUUAAUUCAUGUUUCUUUCACUUCAUUUUGAAAUAGCUAAAAUCAUUAAAACUGUAAAUAUUUUGUUGCUUGGAUAAGCAUCUUCUGGAAACUUUGUAUCUAUGGUAUAUAAUCAUAGAAUUUUAUAUUUUCAUAUAAAGCUAAUUUUUUUCUAGUUUCAACUCCAUCAUAGUUUUGUUUUGUUUUGUUUUUGUUUUAGUUUGUUGGGUUUUUCUUUGUGGUGGAUAUGUGAAUUCAACUUUCUGUAUAUUGAAGUAGCAAGAACUAUAUCUUUGCAUUCCAAAAGAAUCCAACACGUGUUAUUUCUUUGAGGCAGUGAUUGUGAAACUUGGGUUUUCUUUCUUAAUUCCAUUGACCAUUUGUGCAAUAGGAAUUAGACAUAAUUAGUCACUGAAUACAUUCGUUGCAUUGACCCAUUUGGAAAAAGUGAUUGUUGUUUUGUUUUGUUUUUUUAAUUUGUUCAGGGGGGAGGGGUUUUGUAACCUGAAAUUUUUCCCUUUUUUCUUCUGUUUAAAACUAUAUCAAAUCAUUCUAUUAUAGUGUUAUUUAAUAUGUAAAUUGUAUUGCUAUACAUAAAAUAAAGUAUGGUUUUUGAUGUAA